GAAAUCUUUACUCCAACAAAAUGGCGGCGGCAACAGCGGUAGUAUCUCCAGGCCAACAAACUCCCGAUCCAAGGGAAAAGGCUUUAAAUGAUUAUAGGAAAAAGCUACUAGAACAUAAAGAAAUUGAUGCCAGACUGAAACAGCUUCGAGAGCAACUUAAACAGCUAACGAAAGAUUUCGAUAAAUCAGAAAAUGAUUUAAAAGCUCUACAAAGUGUUGGUCAAAUCGUUGGAGAAGUUCUUAAACAAUUGACUGAUGAUAAUUUUAUUGUAAAGGCAACAAAUGGGCCAAGAUAUGUGGUAGGAUGCCGUCGACAAAUAGACAAAUCGAAACUAAGAGCAGGUACUAGGGUAGCUCUGGAUAUGACAACAUUAACAAUCAUGAGGUACUUACCAAGAGAGGUAGACCCAUUAGUAUACAACAUGUCAAUCGAAGAUCCUGGUCAAAUUACUUACAACCAAAUAGGAGGCUUGUCGGAACAAAUAAGAGAAUUGCGGGAGGUAAUUGAACUUCCAUUAAUGAACCCCGAAUUGUUCCAACGCGUUGGGAUUACUCCUCCGAAAGGGUGUUUAUUGUUCGGCCCACCCGGUACCGGAAAAACACUACUUGCCAGAGCCGUAGCCGCUCAGCUAGACGCUAAUUUUUUGAAGGUAGUAUCAAGUGCAAUCGUAGACAAGUAUAUUGGAGAGAGUGCUCGUUUAAUCCGAGAAAUGUUUGGUUAUGCAAGAGAUCACCAGCCGUGUAUUAUUUUUAUGGAUGAAAUUGAUGCUAUAGGCGGAAGGCGUUUUUCAGAGGGUACUAGUGCUGAUAGAGAAAUUCAAAGAACUCUCAUGGAAUUGCUGAAUCAAAUGGAUGGUUUCGAUGCAUUGGGGCAAGUAAAGAUGAUAAUGGCUACUAAUAGGCCAGACACUUUAGAUCCAGCCCUCUUACGUCCCGGCAGAUUGGAUCGUAAAAUAGAAAUUCCGCUACCGAAUGAGCAAGCUAGAAUGGAUAUCUUAAAAAUUCACGCUCAGCCUAUUGCGAAACAUGGCGAGAUUGACUGGGAGGCAGUUGUGAAAUUGAGCGACGAUUUCAACGGCGCUGACUUGAGAAACGUAUGUACUGAAGCCGGACUUUUCGCUAUUAGAGACGAGCGCGACUAUACGAUCGAAGAAGAUUUUAUGAAAGCCGUCCGAAAGGUCGGCGAAAACAAAAAACUUGAAACAAAAUUAGACUAUAAGCCCGUCUAA